CAUCAAAAAUAUAACAUCUAGAAAGGUUAUUUUUCCUUCCAAAAAAGUGAGCAUUGGACUGUUUUUGCAAGGCAGUGGUUGCUUUUGUGAUGGACGACUGAUGUUUCCUGGCUUCAUUGUGGAACAAAGGAGACGCAUGGAGAUGACACCGCGAUGCUUUGCAAGGUGCGCGGUGCUGAUGGCGCUUUUGUGGAACGUGUCCUCGGCACAAAUCCGUUAUUCCAUUGUGGAGGAAGUCAACGAAGGUGCGGUGGUGGGCAACAUCGCGAAAGAUCUUGGGCUGGAUAAAAGCACGUUGGAAGAGAGGAAAUACCGAGUGGUGUCGAGCGCGGAGGAGCCUCUUUUUCAUGUCAAUGUGAACGAUGGCCUCCUUUACGUGAGCCGAAAGCUUGACAGAGAGGACGUGUGCGCGCUAAACAGCGUGUGUUUAAUAAACCUCAAAACGGUGCUUGAAAACCCCCUGGAGGUCCACUACGUUGGUGUGGAAAUACUGGACGUGAACGACCACUCCCCCAUAUUUCCAGAGAAAGAGAAGACGUUGGAUAUUUCAGAGUCUGUCUUACCAGGAGCGCGUUUUCAACUGAAAGCCGCCCGGGAUCCAGACAGAGGAGAUUUUUCUGUACAGAAGUACAAACUCAGUCAAAAUGAUCACUUCCGUUUGGAGAUAAAAGAUAAAGGAGAGGAUGGCAAAAUACCCAUUUUAGUUGUGCAAAAAGCUUUAGACAGGGAGGCAAGAGCGAGUCAUGCAUUAGUGCUGACUGCACUAGAUGGAGGAAAACCUCCCAAAAGUGGUGACAUGAACAUUUUAGUGAAUGUUUUAGAUGUUAAUGAUAAUGCACCUGUUUUUGCAACUGAUGUUUACUCUGUGAUGCUUGAUGAAAAUGCUCCAAUAGGGACAACUGUUAUACAAGUAAAUGCUACUGAUUUAGAUGAGGGUACAAACGGAGAUGUAAUUUACUUAUUUACUGACAGUAUGCAUCAUAAACUAUUGAGCUUAUUUAAUAUACACCCGCAAACAGGUGACAUCAUAGUAAAGGGAACAAUUGAUUAUGAAGAUAAAAACAAAUAUGAGAUAGAAAUUCAAGCAUCAGAUAAAGGGUAUGCCCCUUUAACAACGGAAAAAAGUGUCAUCAUUAAGAUAGUUGACAUUAAUGACAAUGCGCCUGAGAUUGAAGUGACGUCAUUUUCUAGUUCCAUUCCUGAAGAUUCCAGACUUGGAACUACAGUUGCUUUAAUCAGUGUGAAUGACUUGGACUCUGGUCUCAAUGGCAAAGUGAUUUGUUCCAUAAGUGAGGAUGUUCCUUUUGUUUUGUCGCCAUCAUUACAAGACAAAAUGUAUUCCUUAGUGACCAAAUCACCUCUGGACAGAGAGAAAAUGUCAAAAUAUGAUAUUUCAGUAGUUGCAAGAGAUGCUGGUCAACCUGCACUCUCAUCUGAAAAGACAAUAAGUGUUUUUAUUUCAGAUGUGAAUGAUAACAGUCCAGAGUUUUCAUUCAGUCCUUAUACUUUCUAUGUUACUGAGGGCAACCAUGCAGGAGCCUCUGUCUUUUCUGUCAAAGCUUCUGAUCGUGAUGACAACGAGAAUGCUGCUAUUUCAUAUCAUAUUGUCAGAGAUGGAAGAGAAGGAAGUAAACUGUCUUCAUUUCUAAGUAUAAACACAGAAAAUGGACAAAUAUCAGCGCUAAAAAGUUUUGACUUUGAGACGCUGAAAAGUUUCCAGUUCCAAGUGGUGGCCACAGACGGUGGAAGUCCUCCACUGAGCAGCAACGUGACAGUGAAGGUGUUCAUUCUGGACCAGAACGACAACGCUCCAGUCAUCCUGUAUCCAGUCAGCUCCAACGGUUCUGCUGAAGGUGUGGAGGAGAUUCCCCGCAAUAUGAAAGCAGGAGACUUGGUGACUAAAGUCCGAGCCUAUGAUGCUGAUAUAGGAUAUAACGGCUGGUUACUGUUUUCACUGCAGCAAGUCACUGACCACAGUCUCUUUACUUUGGACCGCUAUACGGGCCAGAUCAGAACACUUCGCUCAUUGACAGAGACGGACGAGGCUGAGCAUGGACUGCUCAUACUGGUCAAAGACAAUGGCAACGUUUCCCUGUCAGCAACAGCUACUGUGACUGUCAAACUUGUGGAGCCCAAAGAGGCUUUUGCAGCUUCUGAUGUCAAACGUGCAGCAGCAAAAGUGGACGAGGAGGACGACAAUGUGACUUUUUAUCUCAUCCUCACUUUGGGCUCGGUCUCGCUGCUUUUUGUCAUCAGCAUCAUCGUGCUGAUCGCCAUGCAGUGCUCCAAAUCCACAGAGUACACUUCCAAAUAUCUCCAAGACGCUAAUUAUGAUGGGACACUGUGUCACAGCAUCCAGUACAGAUCAGGAGACAAACGCUACAUGCUAGUUGGACCCAGAAUGAGUAUAGGUUCUACUAUAGUCCCGGGCAGCCACGCCAACACUCUGGUGCUCCCUGACAGGAGACACACUUCUUCUGGGGAGGUAAGACUUGUUUCGAAUUAAGUGUGGCUUUUCAAUUGCGACAUACUUGUGUGUUGAUUUGUUUAAUUUAUUUCUUAACAAUACUGAUGAGGCUCCAUGGUGAAAACGUGGUCAGCAUGUGGCCGCACAGGCAAGAGAUCUGGCUUUAAAUCUCCAUUUUGGCAUUUCUGUCUGGAGUUUGCAUGUUCUCCCUGUGCCCUGCAUAGGUGUUCUUAAGAGACGAAGAGAAGGGUAGUGAUUCAAAAACUGAAAUUUGUCAAAAUUAAUGAAAAAAAAGAAAGAAAAACUCCAAUAGUUUCAUGUCACAAACAUGUUUAAUGCAACACUACCUGUCUCCCACAUACAACACUGUUAUUGCAACCACUCCUAAAAGACUCUGCAAUUUAGCCUCCAACAAACAACAGGAGUUACAAACAUUUGCGUCACUUAAGGUGACCAGAGUGUUAUUUGUUUACAACUGAAUGGAAUGCUAUCAUGAGUGAUUCCGACUAUUUUGGACUAGUAGUCGAUCCACAGCGAUCGUUCUGCCACACAAUACCUCAAUGCUAACGAGGGGAAAUUAAACGUCAGCGACUGUUCUUGCAUGGCUUUGACAGUAGGAAUGCUUUUUUGCAUCUACUUGUUUUUCUCACUACGAUAGGGCAACACCUUCCUUGCCCAGGCACAGCCUCCUGGUUUUGGAGUCUACAUAUUUGGGGUUUUGGCACCAGCCGCUAUAAGACACGACCAAUCUAAGUCUAAGACUAGAUUUGACCAAUCUAUGUCAAUGAGCACAAACUGAUGAAGCCUACUCAGAUGAGAGGCAAAACAUAAAGAUAAAGCAAACAGUCCAGUUGCGAUCGAUUGAAUGCCCUGGGAUGUUUAAUGAGGAAUACCUAGAAUAUUAAUAUAUUACACCUUUUUAU